AUGACUACUACUACUUCUACUACUACUACUACUACUACUACUACUACUACUACUACUACUACUACUACUACUACUACUACUACUACUACUACUACUACUACUACUACUACUACUACUACUACUACUACUAGUACUACUACUACUACUACUACUACUACUACUACUACUACUACUACCACUACUACUACUGUCACUACCAUUAUCACUACUACUAUUACUACUACUAUUAAUCUAAUUAUGAUUAUCAAACAUUUCACAAUUGAAUCAAAGUUUCAAAUCGUUUAACUUUUUUUCUCUUUAUAUACCAUUAAGACUGCAUUACACAAUUGAACUAGCAAUUAGUUCAAAUUAUUCUUAAUAUCAAAUUGAAAUAUUUAGAACUUGUCAAUAUUCAUCUUAAAUUAAUCAUUUGUAAUUUACCUAGUUUUUAAUUCUUUAUAAUUGAUUAG